CAGGCGCUCUCUCUCUCUCUCUCUCUCUCUCUUCACUGCCCAAAAGAUACAAGGAGUCCACCCACACAAGUCUCUCCAAAAAGCUUUUUGGAAACUCUACUAGUAAAACAUACCCAACACACCCCACCAAACAAAAAAGCACAUUAAAAAAUCAACCAGAAACAAAAAAGCACAUUAGUCUCUCUCUCUCUUCAUGGACUUCAAUCUGAAGCAAUGGAAAUACCAGCAGCAUGAGUCAGACCUACAACAACAUCAACAGCCAUCUGGGUCUCAUCCUGAACUCACCAGCAAACUCACCCACUUGUCAGUUUUCCCACCUGAUUCAACCACUGCUUCCAGAUUUCCCAAGAUGGGAAGUUACUUCAGCUUGGGUCAGUGGCAGGAGCUUGAGCUGCAGGCAUUGAUAUUCAGGCACAUGUUGGCAGGUUCUUGUGUUCCUCCUCAACUUCUCCAUCUACUCAACAAAACCCUCCUCUCUCCUCCUCCAACUCCUACUCCUCCUUCAUAUUACUCUCUUCAACAUUUUCCCCAUUAUAAUCCUACUUUAUUGCAAACAGGGUAUUGGGGAAGAGGAGGCAUGGAUCCGGAGCCGGGGCGGUGCAGGAGGACCGAUGGCAAGAAGUGGAGGUGCUCAAGGGAUGUGGUGACUGGCCACAAGUAUUGCGAGCGCCACAUGAACCGUGGCCGCAACCGUUCAAGAAAGCCUGUGGAAAUCCCCACACCCUCCUCAUCCACAUCUACUGCUGGUGGUGGUUCUAGUGGUGGUGGUGGCGGAGUCAUCAAAACCAACACUGCCUUUGCUGCCCAGCCCCGGACAUCAAUGGGUACUGGUGGGACUACCCAUUUCAAUCUUGCAGGACCUUCCCCUUCCAUUGAUCUCCUCCACCUCAAUCAAAGGCCCUCAGAAUCAAAACCUGAAAACAAGCUCUCUCUAUUUGAAACCCAAAAUGAGGUGUCCGGUGAUGGCAAAUCUGGUGGUCGUGUUCUUCGUUGUUUCUUUGAUGACUGGCCCAGAUCACUCCAACAACCUAGCAAUGCCGGGACCAAUGCAAGCCCAGUUACUUCAUCCACCUGCCUCUCCAUUUCAACUCCCAACAAUCCUCCACCAUCUGAUUUUUCACUGAAACUGUCCACCGGCAAUGGAGAUGAUAGGCCUGGCCACCAAGAAGUGAGUGUUGAAAGAGAGCGGCUUCAGUUGAAUUGGGCUGCAAGUUGGGGGACAAACCCGGUGGCCCCAAUGGGCGGACCGCUUGCCGAAGCAUUGAGAUCAUCAACGGCCUCUAAUUCGUCGCCAACGAGCGUUUUACAUCAGUUGCAGCGUGGGACCAUGUCCGAGACCACGAGCUAUGUCAGCACCUGAAUCUUGUUAUGACGUCCUCUGCUCCAAAGAAAAGUUUCAAAAAAA